AUGGCAUUUAUAUCAAGCAUGGAUCAAACAGAAAAGAUGGAGAAAAGUGAAGAUGCUUCAGAACAAGCAGCCAGUGGAGAAAAAGACUUGUCAGAAACAGUGGCUAAACAUUACAAUGAACUCAAAGAGACAGGCCUGGAGAUGCGGACACAAAGCCGAAUCUUCUACCUACGGAACUUUAACAACUGGAUCAAGAGCGCCCUCAUAGGUGAGACAGUGAAAAAGUUACAAAGUGAAAGUAACAAACAAUCUCUGGUGGUGCUGGAUCUGUGUUCAGGGAAAGGUGGUGACCUGCUGAAGUGGAGGAAGGCGGGGAUCUCCAAACUGGUCUGUGCAGAUAUUGCUGGUACCUCUGUUGAACAGUGUGAGGUCCGCUAUCGUGAGAUGAUGGGGAGAGGUCACCAAGAUCGACAGUCUGGGGGAAUGUUUACAGCCGAGUUCAUUACAGCUGACUGUACAAAGGUGCGCAUCAGGGAAAAAUACCAAGAUGCCUCCAUGAAGUUUGACUUGUGUAGCUGCCAAUUCUCCUUCCAUUACUGCUUUGAAAGUCUAGCUCAGGCCAAAAUGAUGUUGAAGAAUGCAUGUGAAUGUCUAAACCUUGGAGGUUACUUCAUCGGUACCACGCCUAAUUCUUUAGAGAUUGUGAAGAGGUUGAGAUCGUCUGAAAACAAAUCCUUUGGCAAUGAUGUGUACCGAGUGACCUAUGAGCUGGAUGACCUUGACACGGUGCCCUUGUUUGGGGCUAAAUAUAACUUCCAUCUGGAAGGAGUGGUGGACUGUCCAGAGUUUCUAGUGUAUUUCCCUAUGCUAGAAAAGUUGGCUGAAGAUUAUGGCAUGAAGCUACUGUAUAGGAAAUCCUUUGCAGAAUUUUUCUCUGAAAAUGCUGAGAAGGGAGAGUACCGAGGUCUCCUUAAUAGAAUGCAAGGUUUAGAGACAUACCCUAGUGACAAUCUGAUGGGGAAAGUUCCGGAGGACUACACAGAAACGGAACAGACCUAUCAGGAAAUCCUGGCGCACGACGACCGCCCGGAACAUGUCCGACAACGGGGGCCCCCCAAAGUGGGCACCUUAUCCAAAUCUGAAUGGGAGGCCACAACUAUUUACUGUGUGUUUGCUUUUCAAAAAGUCUCUGACAAGGCAACAGGGCGGACAUGGAAACCACAUUCACAGGAAGGGGAUACAUAAUUACCCAGAAUUCCACGGCGCUACUUCUCCAUCCUUAUUUACAUGGAGAGCUUGUGUGGAGGGUAACGAUGAACAAGGACGGAUAGUGUACAUGUUCAGUGUUGUACUCCAUUGAGGACUUGUUGAUAUCGUUAUACAUGGCAUCGAGCAGCCAUACUUGGCUUUUAUAUAGGAUAUAACUCAAUCCAUCUCUGUUGGUCAGAAAUAUGGUGUAAAUACAUCGCAAGAGAGUCUCACUAUGAAGUUCAAAUAAAUAUUGUAUGAGUAUAAGAUGUGUAGUUUUGAAAGUUUUGUUGAAGGUGUUAUGUUUUAUUAGUUAGUCAUUCAGUGAUACCAGCCAGGUAUAUAAGAAUGUGUAACUAUGAUUACAAACCCAUCACACCUGUACACAAAGUACAUGUACAUGUACAUAUUAAAUAUUUCAUUUAUUAUAUGCAGAAUUAGUUGAAAUAGUUUACAAGUUGUCAUUGUCUUGCUCUGUUUAUAAGAAAGCUUGCAAUUUAUUUUGAUGAACAGACUUUUUUCUUGCCCUUUAACAAUAGUAUCAGUAAAUUGAUAUUUAUAUAGAAUUGGCAUAGAUCUAUCAAAGUUUACGCUAUUGUUAUUGUGCAGGUCAAUAGUGAUGGUAUAGCCUGGUACAGCAUGUUUCAGAGUAUGUGGUCAUUAUAACUUGACCUGUUGAUAUGUGGUGCGAUAUGCAGAAAUAUUACCUGAAAUGACUUCAUUUACUGUUUAUCAUUCAUGUCAUAAUAUUAUGUGUUAGGUCACUGAAGUAAAAGCUGGAGAGUUUUCGACUUAU